GAACUCUGGAUCCUACUAGACACCUGAGAGAACUCUGGAUGGUACCAGACACCUGUUAGAACACUGGAUCCUACUGGACACCUGUUAGAACUCCGGAUCCUACCAGACACCUUGUAGAACUCUGGAUGGUACCGGACACCUGUUAGAACUCUGGACUGAACCGGACCCUGUUAGAGAACACAUUCCAACAUGGAGAUUGAAAGCAUGAUGGCGAAUAACAUGCUGAUUAAAGCCAGAGAAGGUGGAAGAAGCCGAGGAAGAAGCUGCAAGUGGAAAGACAUGCUGCGCUUCUCCCACAUCAGCCGGUGCAUGGACCUGGCCAUAGAGAGAGACUACCACAGUCUGUGUGUGAAGCAGCCAAUCGGGAAGAAGCUGUUUCAUCUUUUCUGUCGGAGUCGACCAGAGCUGCAGAACAACAUCUCACUGCUAGACGCGCUGGACACCUUCGACACAAAGUCGGAUGAGGAGAGGAGAGACUUCGGCAUCAGCAUCAUUCAGAGAUUCCUCCGGAGUCAGUCCAACCAGGUGGUUUCCUCCGUUCAGCAUCAGGAGCUGAGCUGCUUGCUCAGCCUGGAGCUCGACGCCUGCACCGACGUCUUCCACGAGUGCAGAGAAGACAUGCAUGAGUACCUGAGUGGAGACCCGUUCCUCCAGUACCAGGACAGCAUGUUCUUCGACCGCUUCCUGCAGUGGAAGAUGCUGGAGAGGCAGCCCGUCACCAAGCAGCUGUUCAGACAGUACAGACUUCUGGGGAAAGGCGGGUUCGGGGAGGUUUGGGCUUGUCAGGUGCGCGCCACAGGAAUGAUGUACGCCUGCAAAAAGCUGGAGAAGACUCACGUGAAGAAGAGGAGAGGAGAAAACAUGGCGCUCAACGAGAAACAGAUCCUGGAAGGGCUGAACAGCAGAUUCGUGGUGAACCUGGCGUACGCCUACGAGACGAAGCACGCGCUCUGCAUGGUGCUGACCAUGAUGAGCGGCGGCGACCUGAAGUUCCACAUCCACAACAUCGGCGUCCGCGGCCUCCACGAGGACCGCGUGCGCUUCUACGCCGCGGAGGUGUGCUGCGGGUUGAUGCACCUGCACCAGAACGCCAUCUUAUACCGCGACAUGAAGCCAGAGAACAUCCUGCUGGACGACCACGGUCACAUCCGGAUCUCAGACCUCGGCCUGGCGGUGAGGUUGUCUGAAGGCAGCACGGCGCGCGGCAUGGUGGGCACGCUGGGAUACAUGGCCCCCGAGGUGAUUGGCCAGCAGCUCUACGGGGUCACUGUGGACUGGUGGGGUCUCGGCUGUCUGGUCUACGAGAUGACGGCCGGCCAUGCCCCGCUCCGCCAGCAGGGGGAGCACCCCAAGCCCCCCGAGAUGGAGCGCCGCAUCCUGAAGGAGGAGCCGGACUACGGGGACCGGUUCAGUCAGGAGGUGAAGGACCUCUGCUGCUCGCUCCUCACUAAGGACCCGUGGGAGCGUCUGGGCUGUCAGGGCUCAGGAGGUCUGGAGGUUCAGACUCACCGUUUCUUCCGGAGCAUCAACUUCCGGAUGCUGGAGGCGGGGCUUGUGGCUCCGCCCUUCAAGCCGGACCCCAGGCUGGUGUACUGCACCGAUGUGCAGAACCUGGAGGAGUUCUCCUCCCUGAAGGGGGUCAGCCUGGACCAGCGGGACCACGACUUCUACUGCCGCUUCGGCUCGGGCAGCAACAGCACCAGCUGGCAGAACCAGAUGAUAGAGACGGGCUGCUUCAGGGAGCUCAACCUGUUCGGUUCUGACGGGUCUCGUUCUCCGGACCUGGACUGGUCCCAGAACCCCGAGAGCCCCAAACGGAGCCUGCUGGACCGGAUCCUACACAGACAGCAUCAUUCAGAUUCUUCAGACGAAAGCAAACAAGGUUUAAUAUCUGGAAGAAACUACAUGAAGUCUGGAAUGAUGAGCUCCACGCUGUGAGGAUGGAGGGAGACGGAGGGAUGGAGUGAUGGAGGAUGGAGGGAGGAGACGAUGGAGAGACGGAGGGAUGGAGACGAUGGAGAGACGAGAUGGAGGGAUGGAGACGAUGGAGAGAUGAGACGAUGGAGGGAUGGAGACGAUGGAGACGAGACGGAGGGAUGGAGACGAUGGAGAGAUGAGACGAUGGAGGGAUGGAGACGGAGGGAGGAGACGAUGGAGACGAGACGGAGGGAUGGAGACGAUGGAGGGAUGGAGACGGAGGAGAGACGGAGGGAUGGAGACGAUGGAGACGAUGGAGGGAUGGAGACGAUGGAGACGAUGGAGGGAUGGAGACGGAGGAGGGGUGUUUCUCUGCUUUUGUACUACAGCAACGUAUACUGUGUAUAUACUGUGUACUUAUACGCACAAACACGUCCACGCCGUGGGUUAAGUACUUGAAUUUGUAUGACAGUGUACAAGUACUACAGUGUACAGGUACUUUUAGUUUAUUUAGCAUCCGUUUUAUUUGUGGUGAAUAAAUAAAUGUUUCACGAC